AUGCUGCCAGCCCCGGAAUCUCGUUGUGUGGAAAACCUAGCCUUGUCGAACCCCUUUGACGACAACGCCGAUGACGAAAAUCGUCUGGUUUUGGGUCGACGCCCAAUAGAGCGGGGCACCAAGGUUGAUGGGUACAUCAAGUUUCACAACGAGAAGAGAAAGCCGGCCAAGGAGUCAGGGAUCGCUGUCUUUAUGUACAAGGGAAGCGGACAAGAGCCUUCUCCUAGGUCGACCCUCGCCAUGUACCUCUCUCCGCAGUACAUGGGGGAAAUGGGGCUACAAGACCAGGACGACAAGAGUCUGUUCGCGUUUUACCUGAAGGCCUGGUGCCCAGGCAGGAGUGUUCUCGAUAAAACCAACUGCUGGUUCGAAAACAUUCCCCGAAUGGCAUCUCAGGACUCGUGUGUCAGAUCUGCCAUUUUGGCACUCGCUGGGACGUACGUGCUUGAUUACCAGCCCAGAGAGAGGAUUCGGCAGAUUACCCAGAGCCACUACAAGAACGCCGUUAUCCUAUUGGGCAUGGCAUUACGUGAGGCUCGUAAUCAGCUCCCCUCAGAAAGUGAAGCAGAUUGCAUGGUGGCUGCCAUGGGCGUCCUCAACAUGAUUGACGUCGUGUCUCCCGAGCAGCGACGGCCACCAAACCGCGUCCCCCGCUGGUUGGAAGGCGCUCGUCUGGCGUGUAGAAUUCUGGACGCAACGGAACCAGGGCACCGCUACUGGAAGCCCGUCAACAUCCAACCCUCCGAGGCGCAGGCGGGAAAUAUGAUUAUUGCCGGCAGAGCAGCUAUCCUGGCCCUUCCGAUGGCUCCUCUCGACUUGGCUGCUACGGAAAACCGCCAGUUUGCGUGGCUAUUGCAAGGAUCGGAGCACGACGUCCACAGAGUUCAUGGCGGGUGCGGCAUGUCUCCAACACUACUGCAUCGCUUUUCGCAGAUCACACACAUGAGCGCGUUUCUAGGUGCGGACCCUGAGGAUAGCGAAUUCGUCAUCAAACCAGGUGCCGACAAGCUGCUUGAGGAACUGAGGAAUUUGCAUCAGUGGACCGAUGGUUCCUCGUCUCAGCCAGGCAAUUCCAGAGACAGCCUUCACCCCCGCGACUUGUUGGCCUCCAUCAAACUGGACAAGCACGGGCUCAUCAUGGAUAGGAGCUCCAUGACGGAAGUCACAGCAGAGGCAUGGCGCUUGGCGGCCGUCAUCUACCUCCGCUGUCGUCUCGAGAGGCUCCCCCGUUGUCAUCCAGAUGUCCUCUUCCCGGUGACAGAGCUGGCGAAGUGCAUCCGGAUGAUGCCAACGUCAGGUACCUUCUUCACCGCCCAGUCUCCCUUCUUCCCAGUCUUCCUUUUGGGUGUUGUGGCCAUACACGAGGCGCACGUCCAGUGUGCCCUGAACUGGUUCCAGUCAGUCAUUAGUACCAGCUGCCGCUCUAGCGUGCCCCCGGCAUUCCAGUCACUCAAUCGGAUUCGCGCAUGGAUGGCCCUCAACACCCGCGAUGUCAACCGUUCCGAACUUCCCCGACGCAUUUCGGAGCGGCACCCUUGGUGGGAGACGCUCGUCUCCCACAUCGCUGCGACUGAAGGGACGUUGUGCUUGAUUUAG